AUGAGACAGGAAGCCAUUGCAACUGCACCCUCUGAGGCUCCGCAACCUGAAGAGGUUGCCAUUGUUGCGACGAACUCCACCUGGGACAUUCUCAUGCCGGGACCGACUCUCGGCCCGCCGGACCAGGGAAUGAAUGUUCCUUUUGCCGGGGUAAUUAGCUGGCCUGAGUCAUCGUCCAGCCAUCUGCUGGGACGAAAGUCUGAUAGAUCUGCACCCCAAAUGGUUGGAUCGAAGUGA